CGUGGUAGUCAUUGGUCCCGCCCACUUUUCCCUUGUUAAGACAAAGUGAGGAAAAAAUGAUUUCUGACAACAUCAGGCUCAGCAGGCUGCGCAGAAAUGCUAGACAAGCAGGCUUGGUGGAAAAGUCAGCAGAAGAAAUGCAGCAGAGUCAGCUGGUGGACAAAGAUCGGUCCUCUUGUUCCUCAAGAAAACAAUCGGCCUGAGUGAGAGGAUGUGGACAACUGUUCUCCUGCUGCUCCUGCCUCUUCUGUCUUCCACAAGCAGGACAACACAUGAUCACUUGAACCAAUCAGAAAUUCUCUCUGAGGACGUCUCUGACAUCCCUGUCAAAAGCCAGAAACCACCUGGAGAGGUCAAAGGUCAGGACACCUGCUCCAUCCCAUGUGAUAUCACUGUCAGACUGCUCCGAGAUGAAAAACAUUCCCUCUGUGGCCAGUUGCAGCAGUCACUGCUGGCGUUUGGUCGUAGCACCAGGAAGCUGAUGAGGGAUGUGAUGGAAGAGCAGCAGAGGGCCCUGGACGUCCUCAGUAAUCAAGUCAGUGAACUGAUGAUGAAGAUGCAGACACUCAGCUCUGAGGUCCAGAGAAGCAACACUGAGAUGUUUUCAAUGAAACCUGUGCAAUCCCAUGGACGAGAUUGCAGUGAGAUCAAGGACAACCUCAUGUCAUCCGUUCCAAAGAUCCCCAGUGGCAUUUACAUUAUCCACCCAGAGAACACAGACUCUUCCUUUGAGGUGUUCUGUGAGAUGGACUACAUGGGAGGAGGAUGGACAGUGAUGCAAAAGAGGAGUGAUGGCUUAACUGACUUCAGAAGACCCUGGGCGGAUUACGUUGAUGGCUUUGGACACCUUGCAGGAGAACACUGGUUGGGUCUGAGGAAAGUGUAUCACAUCGUAAACCAGAAAGAUGCUCGCUUCCAGAUUCACAUCGCCCUUGUUUCCCAUGAUGAUGUCACUUCCUAUGCCUCUUAUGAUGACUUCCGCCUUGACAAUGAAACAAGUUUCUUCAGAAUACACCUGGGCAGAUAUGGAGGCAGUGCUGGGGAUGCGUUCAGGGGUUAUGACCAGGACCAGAAUCAGGACACAGCUCCAUUUAGUGCCUCAGAUAUGGACAAUGAUGGCUGCAACCCUUCUUGCACCAUUGAAAACAAAAUCGUGGAAAGCUGCAGCCUUCAGCAGAACCACUCAGGCUGGUGGUUCAAUCAGUGCGGCCUGGCGAACCUCAACGGCUCUCCCUGGGACUCAGAUCAGAACCAGGGGUGGCACAUCCUUUGGGACACCUGGAGGCAGAAUGGAAUCCCUUACACCAUCAGAUCGGUUACAAUGAAGAUCAGAAGGAUUGCAACCAAUAACUGAUCGCUGUUGUGCUACGUUCACAUCGGGAAUGUGUUGCACAUUCAAGAAUGCACUUAACAAGGGUUCUUGAACGUCACUACCUGAUACUAGCGACGAUUGGUUCAAAAUGUUGAAGUGGUGUAAAUCUCUUACUCCAGGCUUUUUCUUUCACAACUCUACUCCGAUCUGUGAAAGAUUUGGUGUGAUAGAAGUCCGGCCGGGCACAAACCGCUAUUAUUAAUUUCUCUUCCAUGAUUAAUUUUUAAAAUGUUGGCACUUCAGUGAAUUAAAAUAGAUAGCAUUUACUGUAUGUGUCACUACUGAAUCCAAGUCCCUGAUUGGCCAAAGUUCGACUGGUUUAACUUUUUGUAUUAAAGCCCAAAAAACAGAUUUAAAAACUUGCACAGUGACGCUUGAACGUGAGGGUUUGAACGUGGAAGCAUGAAAAGCACGUAUACGUGCAUUUAUAGAUUUGCAUUUAGAGCUUUGGAACGCACGUUGCUGAGGUUGGGGUAAGCUCAGCAUUUGGAAGGGAGGGGGACUUCUAAGUCCGUUCUUAAACAAUUAACAUGUUUUUUUUCCCUGUUUUGUCAGAUCUAACAGUAAAUAAAAAAAAAAA